UCUGGUCAACGCUUAUAACCAGAAGCAUGUACAUAGUACAUCUAUUACAAGGACCUGAGUUAAAUAUAUUGAGUUUAGAUGCCAAUGGUGAUCUAUGCAUUCUAUUAUCUGUUUCUUGAUCAUCAGUAAGGGAAAGUUUAGCAUGCUCAAUAAUUCCAUAGUACUGGUCUGUACUCUAUAAAAUUGUUACACAAAUUUUUGUAGAACCUUAACAUCCCGUAAAAGAAGCGAGAGAGAUACCAACAUGAGGUCUGCACUACUAUGUUGCAUGUUGGUCAUCUGUUUCCAUUUUUUACCAUUUGAAACGUUUUGCCAAGAAGAUAAGCAAUUUGAAGAAUGCAAGAAGGCCAGCUACUGUGGAAACCAGACGAUACGUUUUCCGUUUUAUACAGAAGAUAUUCCAGAAUUUUGCGGCUUUCCAGGAUUCAACCUCACUUGCUUAAACAAUCAAGUUUUGUUGCUCAACAUAUCUGAAGCCCAGUACAGAAUUAGUCAAAUAUUCUACAGCAACUAUUCUUUUCGGGUGUCCAAUGUUUUGAGCUCUAGAAGCGGUUUCUGCAGCCUUAACAAAAUCCGCGACUUAUCAUUGCCUACUGAUCAUCGGUUCGAGCUAUAUGGCACUACAAAUCUAACUUUGUUAUCGAACUGUACUUCAGAAUUUGCUAGGAUAUUUUCCGGGUCAAAGGUUGGUUGUGAUGCAGGGGAAAAUGAUACCGAUUGGGUUAUAGCAAUGAAAGGCAAGGAUUCAGGCUUAAAAUACGCAACUAAAGAAUGUAAAACUGUAACAGUAGCUCCAGUACUAGAUUAUACUGAGGAUAGUACUAAUUUUCUGAAGUUGAUUAGAGAUGGAUUUGAUUUGAAGUGGGUGGCCGCAGAUUGCAGUGAUUGUGAGGAUAGCGGUGGGUAUUGUGGAUUCGAAGGCAGGUCUGUCAAUAAAUUCAAGUGUUUCUGCAAAGAUCGACCCCAUUCGCGGAGCUGCAAGCCCACAUUGGCGGGAAAUAACACAAGACUGAAGAUUGGCAUAGCAACUGGUGUAGCAGGAGGUAGUAUACUUCUUAUAUUAGCCCUUGUCAUCAACCAUCGCCGCCUGAAAGCUACACAUAAUUUAUCUUUGUCCCCUCACAAUGCAUCUUCUUAUCCUAGAGACGUUGAAGCGUUCAUAAGGCUGUAUGGAUCCUCAAUCCCCCAAAGAUUCAGGUACUCUACACUUAAAAAAGUCACAAAUUCGUUUAAAGAUGAAUUAGGGAAAGGCGGAUAUGGGAAUGUAUAUAGAGGCCGUUUAGCAGAUGGACGUGUUGUGGCAGUGAAAGUCUUGAAAGAAGCAAAAGGAAAUGGAGAGGAAUUUAUAAAUGAAGUUGCAAGCAUUGGUAGGACUUCUCAUGUUAACGUUGUAACUCUCCUCGGAUUUUGUUAUGAGCGCAAAAGACGAGCCCUUAUAUAUGAGUUCAUGCCUAAUGGAUCUCUAGAAAAAUUUAUUUAUGACACCACUCCAUCGUCAGAAGGACAACAACAUCUUGGAUGGGAGAAACUAUACAGCAUAGCAAUUGGGAUUGCACGAGGACUAGAGUACUUGCACCGCGGUUGCAACACCCGCAUUUUGCAUUUUGACAUAAAGCCACACAACAUCCUUCUUGAUGAAAAUUUCCGCCCUAAAAUAUCUGAUUUUGGGCUUGCCAAGUUGUACACCACUGAUGAAAGUAUAGUCUCGUCUCUAUUGCAAGCUAGAGGAACCAUUGGUUAUAUUGCUCCCGAAGUUACUAGUAGAAAUUUCGGGCCAGUGUCCCAUAAAUCCGAUGUCUACAGCUAUGGAAUGAUGAUUCUGGAAAUGGUUGGGGGAAGAAAGAAUGUUAAUGCCAGUGCAGAUCACACUAGUGAGAUAUAUUAUCCAUGUUGGCUAUACAAGCGAAUCCAAAAUGAUGAUGUGCUAAAUUUGGCAAAUGAAAUUUCCGCGGAAGAAAAUGAAAUUGCAAGGAAAAUGGUGAUCGUUGGACUAUGGUGCAUACAAAUAUAUCCAUCACAAAGGCCAUCGAUAAGCAAGGUGAUUGAAAUGCUGGAGGGGCGGACAGCCUUGGAGAUCCCACCACGUCCGUAUCUGUGUUCAGUUCCGACUUCUCCAUCAAAUUCUCAGAGAGAUCUGGUGUUUUGCUCUUCUUCUGGAACGGAAGCCGCUUCAUCUGCAUGAUGGUUGAGAUUGAAAUGUGGAAGAUGUUUUAGAUCAUAAUCAGGAAGACUAUCAGAAGUCGGAACCAUGUAGUCCAUUUGCCACUAAAACGACGAUUAUUGUAUAAUUCCUCCCUUCCAAAAUAGAUGAGUCAGUUGAUUUAAACAUGUACAUGAAUAUAUGUUUGCAAUUACUGAAGAACUAUGAUCACUAUUGCCACAAUGUGAAGCUCAUUUUACUUGUAAAGCACCAAGACAACUA